CAACGUUGGAGUUCAUCCAUCCCUCCAUCGAUUGAUCUCUCACACUCGGAUCUUCUUCUUGAUUGGUUGCACACAUCAUCAUCAUCAUCAUCAUCGGAGAUGGUGAAGCUUGUGUGCUUUGUUGUGGUGGUGUUCAUGGCGGCGGCGGCGGCGAUGGCCGGAGCCGAUCGCGAGCUGAAGGUUGGGUACUACGAGAAGACGUGCAAGGACGUGGAGAAGAUCGUGAACUCCAUCGUCGUCAACUCCAUCAAGGACAACCGCGGCAAGGGCGCUGGCCUCGUCCGCCUCCUCUUCCACGACUGCUUCGUCAGGGGGUGUGACGCCUCCGUGCUUCUGGAGAAGAGCGAGAUGAACAGGCAGCCGGAGAAGGAAUCUCCGGCGAACAUCGGGAUCCGGGGGAUGGACGUGAUCGACGCGAUCAAGGCGGUGCUGGAGGCGCGGUGCCCCAACACGGUGUCGUGCGCCGACAUCAUCGCGUACGCGGCGCGCGACGCGUCCAGGUACCUCAGCCACGGCGGCGUCGACUUCCCCGUCCCUGCCGGCCGCCUCGACGGCGUGGUCUCCCGCAGCCGCGACGCCGACGCGUUCCUCCCGGACGCCGCCGCAAACCUCACCGACCUCGUCCGCAACUUCCGCCGCAAGAACUUCACCGUGGAGGAGCUCGUCAUCCUCUCCGGCGCGCACUCCAUCGGCGUCACCCACUGCACCUCCUUCGCCGGCCGCCUCACCGCCCCGGACGCCCAGAUCAACCCGGGCUACCGCAGCCUCCUCGUCUCCAAGUGCGGCGGCGUGUCGCCGACGCCGGCCAACAACCACGUCGUGGUGAACAACGUGCGCGACGAGGACGGCGCCGCCGUGGCGAGGGUCAUGCCGGGGUUUGCGGCGAGGGUGAGGAAGGCGAGGGACUACCUGGACAACAGCUACUACCACAACAACCUCGCCAUGGCGGUGACGUUCCACGCGGACUGGGCGCUGCUCACCGGGAAGGAGGCGCGCGGGCACGUCGUGGAGUACGCCAAGAACGCGACGCUGUGGAACGUGGACUUCGGCGACGCGCUGGUGAAGCUGAGCAAGCUGCCCAUGCCGGCGGGGAGCAAGGGGGAGAUCAGGGCCAAGUGCAGCGCCGUCAACGGCUACCACCAUUGACGUCGACGACGAUCCUUCCAUCGAUCGAUCGAUCGAACGAUCUCAUGGAUAUAUGAUGCAGUAGCUUUGAAUUAAUGUUUGACUAUGAUAUGAUCUCUGUAACUCUAUUGUAUUUUUUGUUCCUUCGCCCGCGUGAGUACUAGUUCAAAUUCAAUUCGUUGUACUGCAAACUUUUCAAAAUAAUUAUGAUGCAAAGUAGUUCAAUUGUAAAUUUCUAAUAUUGCUCUUUAUACAA